GAAGAAAGAAGCUCUCCACUCUUUCUUACAUUCACGCCUGGGAUCAUGCUGCUUGAACAGUGCGAACUUCGGCUCCAGCGUCUUCUGUGUCACGCGGGAGAAUAUGCCAGAGGAGGAGGGGUUGAAACCCUCUGGGCAUUCUCGUGUUCUUGAUGGUUUGGGGACUUCUCGCGGAGGCGGUGGCUGCCAGGGCGCCCUAGCGCGUGAAGGAUCGAUUUUGGGAGCUCGGGCGGCAUGGCAUGGCGUCAGUUGCUGGAGAAGGGAGGCUCCUCCGCCACGGCGACAUCCUUGUAUGGGCUGGGACGCGCGAUUGUGUUGAAGGGAUGCAGGCAUUUUUCUAUCCGAUUUCCCUCGUCGUUGCUAAUGAUGCUUGAAUUUCGGCUGGCGCAGGGAUCGUGUUGAAUCGCCUCAAGAGACGCUGCAUGUCCAGCUACACAAGCAAUUUCUCGAGAAGGCUGGAGCAGCUGGAGAGAGAAGGAGGGCCCGAUGCUCAGGAGAAACAAGUGAAGUUUCUAAGAGAUCUUAACAAGGUGGAUCCCGAGGGAGUGAUUUGGUGGUUCGAGAGUAGACCACUUCCGCAGCACAGCACCGGUGCUUUGGCCGAGUAUCUCAAAGCUCUCGUCAAGGUCGAUAGGCUCGAUGACAGUGCCUUGUUGAAAACGCUGCAAAGAGGAGCAACUGCAUCGCUAGGAAGUUUUCAAGCUGAGGCGCGACCGAUCAUGUCUUUGGCGUUUCCGGCAGUAGGAACAGCCACGAAAGACGGAAUUUUGGGCUCUCCCAGUGCGCCAAUCCACAUGAUCACGUCCGAAGGAGGUGGACUGUUCGAACCUUGGCUCUGGGCUUUCUCCUUCUCUCUGGCGUUGGGGCCAUUAUAAGGGCCUCAGCAAAGGUAAGCAUCGUAGAGCAUGGCUUGCAAUGCAGCGACAGGAAAGACGAUGCUGGCUCGGGCAACUGCUGGUGAAGCAGGGGUACCGUUUUUCUAUUGCAGCGGGAGCGAGUUCGAGGAAAUGUUCGUCGGAGUUGGUGCUCGGCGAGUGCGAAGAAGUGCUCGCCAUGCAUAAUCUUCAUGGACGAAAUUGAUGCAAUAGGUGGGAGCUGAAAUCCCAAGGACCAACAGUACAUGAAGAUGACACUGAACCAGCUGUUGGUGGAGCUGGACGGUUUCAAGCAAAACGAAGGCAUCAUAGUGAUCGCGGCUACGAACUUCCCCGAAUCUCUCGACAAGGCGCUUGUCCGUCCUGGUCAGUUCGAUUGGCAUGUGGUGGUUCCAAAUCCAGACAUCCAGUUAGAGAACAUCCAUUUAUGUAUAAACACCUUGCUUUUUUUUUU